AUGGCCUCUGCACUCUUCGCUGAGGGUGUAUACAGGUUAUUUAAGACAUGGACCGCUUUGAAUUUAGCGGUGGAGAAUCUAUGGGGUGGGGUAGAUUCCGAAGAUAAAAGAGAUUGGUUUGUCGGUGUUAUUGUAGAAUACUAUGAGAAAAACGGUCAACGAACAGAUCCAUUCGACAUUGAGCAGAUUCUUGAACAAGUCAUGUCUGAUGAAUUCAGUACCAUUCUUGAAGAUGAUUCGGCAUAUCAAAUUGCUCAGACACUAGCACGAAUGUAUACAGAAUGCCUAACUAAUAAAUCGACGAUAAUCGAUAAUUUACGAGCCAAACAAUCUUCGCGACCAACAGCGCAGUCGGUUGCACUUACAAGAUGUUCUAAUAGAGGCGUCCCGAUAUUGACGGGAUUUAACAGAUCAUCGGUAUUGACCUCACAGACAGGCCAUUUUAGUUUGUUUUAUGGGUAUCCGCAAAUCUGGUUGCAUUACAGAGAUUAA